ACAAAGUUGAGCUCAUAAUUAACAAACAAUAGUAUUUUGUAGCUGGUUCUUUCUUUUGAUAGAACAAUGACUUAUGUUAAGCUUGCUCCUUUUGCUGUCUUUAUGCUUGCCGCAUUCUUGAUAUUCCCAAUGAAGAAAGUUGAAGCAGCAUUUUGUUUCCGUGUUCCUUGCAAUCCGGAUUAUGGAUGUAAUGGCGAUUGUGUCUGCGCGUUAACUUGGCAUCCAGUUGUUCCUAUGUAUGAAUGUUAUGAUCCUCGUUCAUAUGCAGAGCUUAAGAAGAAGGUUGAGGAACCACCUAAGUUAUGUUGGUCUCAUGCUGAAUGCACAAAAAAGGGUAGUGGCAAUUAUUGUGCUCGUUUUCCUAAUCUUCAAUAUGGCUUGUGUUUCCCCUCUGUCUCUGAAGCAGUAAACGCAUUCAAGAUGGCCUCUAGCUUGAAAUUCGAAAAAGACUUCUUGAAGAUGUCUCUUCCUGCUUAAUAUCGAUAUUAUGCAUUUAUGUACUACUUUAAAUAAGUAGCGGUCUUUGUUUCCGACUAAAAUAAUUGGGUUUCUUAAUCUCCAUCCAAAUUUCAAUAAUGAUGUAUGUUCAUGGUUUGUCUUUCAUCAGCAUAUCUUAUGCUUUUGUUAGGCUUAGGCAUGUUGUUUAAUUAAUAUAUGUUGUUUCCGUUGAAGUUGGUUUUGAAGUUAUUUUUAGUCUGAUAUGUGUCCUACAUUGCUCAGGUUCUUGGGCUGUUGAGUGUAUAAAUAUGCUUGAGUAUCUUCA